AUGACUUUUCUCGUCGAUACUGGGUUAUCAACAACCUAUAUCAGCAAGGAGGUUUUAGAUGCUUUUGGUAUUACAAUGGUUGAUCUGGUUAAUGAUUAUAUAAAUGUUAAAAUUAAUAGUAGAGCAACUCGAGUUAUGAUGUCUCGUGCUCAUUUUAAGGAUGUGAAUGUUAUCAGAAUGUCAUACUUUAAUGUAAAUGAUAUAAAUGCAUAUAUUCAUAGCAGUAAAGAAAUUUUUCAUAUGCACUUUUUUAAUCAAGAGUAUGAUAUUAAUCAAAUUAAUCAUGAUUUAAGAAAAGAGAAUGUAGAAUUAAAAAGAUACGAAAAGAAAGAAUAG